UGCAGGGCAUUACAGCAUAUAUUUGACCUACUUCCCAGACUCUACGAACUCAAUCAAGAUACCUUUUCUACCUAUCCAACAUACUCGUACCCAAUCAACCAAUCAACCAACCUACAACCGUCAACAUGGAAGCAGCAAGAGCAGCCGUCAACAAGAUCACCGGCAACCGGGGCCACCACACCACCGUCGAUGAGACCGUCAACCCCGCCGUGACCCGGGAGGUCGUCAAGCCCCACGUACACGAGGAAGCCACUCAGGCCAUUGACCGCGAGGUUCACCAACAUCAUUACCACACCACCGUUCAGCCCUUGACUCACCAGGAGACUCUCCCUGAGAAGCACACCCACAACAUCCUCGCCGCCGAGGAGCGCGAGUUCCACCACGACAACACCAAGGAUACUGAGGCUAAACUCGCAGCCGAACUUGGUCACUUCAAGGACACCAGACGCGUCGAACAGGUUACUCAGACACAAGCCACUGCUCCCACUGUCACUGGCGAGCACGUCCACCACCACGUCCACGAGACUGUCGUGCCCGUUGUUCACAAGGAGAUUAUCCAGCCAGAGGUUAUUCACACCACCAAGCCUAUCCAUGAAACUCACCAUGCCGCUGCACAACAUCACGGACUCUCAGCCCUUCCUAUGAAGACCCUUGACGAAUUCUCCAAGGCCGGCGGUGUUCUGGCCGGCGGCAAGCACGGUGCUCACGAGGAGUAUGACGGCCCACCGCGCAAAUACAACGAGAAGCUCUCCACCACCUUCGACAAGCUCGGUCUUGAGGCCAAGGAAGCUCUGAGUGGCCACCACCACAGCGGUACUACCGGCACCACCGGCACUUCUACUGGCGGCGGUCUGACUGGUUCUCACCGCCAGACUGACUCUGGCUACGGCGGUGUUGACAACGGUCUUGAGGGUCGCGAAGCUGGCUUGACCAGUGGCAGCACCGGCUAUGACAACGAGCGAAGCAGCGGACUUAGUGGACGCGAUAACUAUGACAACACCCGAGGAACUAGCGGAACGACUGGUGGUAAUUUCGGCAAGAUGACUGACCACUCGAGAGGAACUGGAACUACCGGUACCACUGGUGGUGCCAGCAUGAAGGACAAGUUGGACCCUCGCAUCGAUGCUGACGGAGAUGGUCGUCGGGGUGUCGGAAACUAGAGCAAGUUUCCAUUGCAAGCAUUAUACCAGCGGGGAAUUGUUAUUGCGUCGUUGUACGUUUGGGCGAUUCAAGAAGGAUGUUAGAAUACGCAUACCCCCGUGUCUGCUAGCUAUCAUGACUUUAUGACGAAAAGUCUCAAGAGACUAUUGAAUCAAAUACCUUGUAUAGUAGUCACCAGAAUUAUGGAAAAUUUGGACCCAUUCAAUUGUA